GUUCCCAAUACAAGAUGGCGGGGACGGUGGGGAGGAAGAGGCGGAGGCGGAUUCGGAUCGAGCUGAGCGAAGCCUUUAUCGGGUUCCCAGCAAUCCUCUCAAAGGCCAGAUGAAGAGAGAUGUCGAGUGAAAACCACAAUACGGCCGGGGGCGACCACCCUGCACUGGUGAUGUCCCCCACAAGCUCCUCCAACCCGGGCCAGCCCCUGUCGCCCAGCGCGGCCAAACCCACCCUUGAGCUGCCAGAUGACAUGAUCCAGGCGGGCUGGUCCAAGUGCUGGAGCAAAAGGGAAAACCGGCCCUACUACUUCAACCGCUUCACAAACCAGUCUCUCUGGGAGAUGCCAGUACUGGGGCAGCAUGAUGUCAUUUCGGACCCCCUGGGUUUGAACGCGGCCCCAGUGGACCCCGGCCUGGACAACGGGCAGCGCAAGAGACGCCUCUCUGAGGAGACGGCGGUGGGAGGAGCCAACAGCUUCAAGAGACCCAAGGUGGAGAUCAUGCCAGUGACCCCGACGACCCCGACGGUGCCCAUCUCCCCCAGCACCCCAGGCCCCCCCGGCACCCCCCUCUCUAAGAUAUGGGGGUCCCCGACGGACGAGAAGCAGCAGCCCCCCUCUGCCGCGCCCGCGCCUGCCCCCUACAGACCGACCGCGGUGUACUGGGACCUGGACAUCCCGACCAACGCGGUGAUCAAGGAGCGCCCCCCCUCGGACGCACUGCCCCCACACCCCGACGUGGAGCUGCAGCGAGCCCAGCUCACACUGAAGCUGCGCAAGCACUACCUGGAGCUGUGCCAGCAGAGAGAAGGGAUCGAACCCCCGCGGGACUCGUUUAACCGCUGGCUGCUGGAGCGCAAGGUGCUGGACAAGGGGAAGGACCCCUUCCUGCCCAGCGAGUGUGAGCCGGUCAUCUCUCCGGCCAUGUUCCGGGAGGUCAUGAACGACAUCCCUAUCAGAUUGUCACGUAUUAAAUACAGAGAAGAGGCCCGCAAGCUUCUCUUCAAAUACGCGGAGUCUGCGAAAAGAAUGAUCGAGUCCAGGAACGCGACCCCUGACAGCAGGAAGGUAGUGAAGUGGAACGUGGAGGACACCAUUAGCUGGCUGAGGAAAGACCACUCCGCCUCCAAGGAGGAUUACAUGGACCGUCUGGAGCACUUGCGGAAGCAGUGUGGCCCCCACGUGGCAGCCGUGGCCAAGGACUCCGUGGAGGGGAUCUGCAGUAAGAUCUACCACAUCUCCUGUGACUACGCACGCCGCAUCCGGGACUGCCACAGCGCGCUGCUCAAGGAGUGCAACAUCUCGGAGACAGUGGAGGCCCCCGAAAUUCAGGACAGGCUGGUGUACUGCUACCCCCUGCGCCUCGCCAUCCCCUCGCCGCCCCAGCCCCGCGUGGACCUGCAUUUCGAGAACGACGUGGCCUGCGUGCGCUUCAAGGGGGAGAUGGUGAAGAUCAACCGCAACUACUUCAGCAAGCUGGAGCUGCUGUACCGGUACAGCUGCAUUGACGACCCACGGUUCGAGAAAUUCCUCUCCAGGGUCUGGUGCCUGAUCAAGAGAUACCAGGCGAUGUUUGGCGCGGGGGUGCAUGAAGGCACUGGCCUGCAGGGGGCGCUGCCGGUGCCCGUGUUCGAGGCUCUGCACAAGCAGUUUGGAGUGAGCUUCGAGUGCUUCGCCUCCCCCCUCAACAGCUACUUCAAACAGUUCUGCUCUGCCUUCCCAGACUGUGACGGAUUCUUCGGGUCCCGAGGCCCCUUCCUGAGCUUCUCUCCAGUCAGCGGCUCCUUCGAGGCAAACCCCCCGUUCUGUGAAGAGCUGAUGGACGCCAUGGUGUCUCACUUUGAGGACCUGCUGGAGCGCUCGAGCGAGCCGCUGUCCUUCAUCGUGUUCGUCCCGGAGUGGCGCGACCCCCCCACGCCCGCGCUCACCCGCAUGGAGUCCAGCCGCUUCAAGAGGCACCAGCUCACCGUGCCGGCCUUCGAGCACGAGUACCGGAGCGGCUCCCAGCACACGUGCAAGAGGGAGGAGAUGUACUACAAGGCGGUCCACGGCACUGCCGUCCUCUUCCUCCAGAACUCUGCUGGCUUCGCCAAGUGGGAGCCGACAGCCGAGCGGGUCCAGGAGCUGCAGGGAGCGUACCGCGUCUCCGGCCGGACCCUGACCUCCCCGGGCCCUGUGCCCGCCACCGGCACCGGGGACAAAGAGCUUGAAACGGAGCGCGAGCAGGGCACCAGCCAGGAGACCCCGUCCACCGGGGACACCACACCCCCCUCCGGGGUCACGCCAGCCCCCGACCCAGCCAGCAUCUGAAAGAGGGAAACCAGCCCGGUCAGGCAGGCCCUGUGGGGUUCAGUAGGGACCCUGUCCCUGCUCAUCUGUGCUUGUUUUUAUUUCACUGAACUGGCGGUUUGUUCUGGCAUUGAUAACACAGCGUGAUUAUCUGACAGCGCCCCCCUUCAUUUGAAAUGCUCUGAAAUAAGACUUUUAACUGUGCCUGGCUUAUCCGUUUUCACUGAUAAAACCAGCUGGGCAACUUUUUACUGCUCUGUUUGGGUCAGACUCUGUCCCGUCCCGUUAUAUCCCCUCUGUACCCCGACAUAUAAAGUAAUUGAGGUUGUGAGUGUUCGGGCAGCUAUGUAUGUGAACUGACAUUCUCCCGGCCCCUGUCAAGGACUGGUGUGUACAGGGAGUUGAAAUUACUACAGAAACCCUUUUCCCUUUUCUCUCUUCUGAUGAGCCGGGAGAUCAGAAGGAUCUUGAACCUCCACAGCAGACCCGGGAGGAGACCCUGGGAAAGGCAGUCACAUGACCAUGUUGGGGCGGGGUUUUUCUUUUAGUCUCUUUACUUUAGAAACUGCUGCAACAAAACGAGGCGCCUUCCAGCAACGAUUGCUCUUUGCAGGUCCUGACUGAGAGCAGAUAGCAAGCAGGCUCCCAUUGCAGUGCAGUUCGACUGAGUCGAGGUCUUGCAGGUCCUGACUGAGAGCAGAUAGCAAGCAGGCUCCCAUUGCAGGGCAGUUCGACUGAGUCGAGGUCUUGCAGGUCCUGACUGAGAGCAGAUAGCAAGCAGGCUCCCAUUGCAGGGCAGUUCGACUGAGUCGAGGUCUUGCAGGUCCUGACUGAGAGCAGAUAGCAAGCAGGCUCCCAUUGCAGGGCAGUUCGACUGAGUCGAGGUCUUGCAGGUCCUGACUGAGAGCAGAUAGCAAGCGGGCUCCCAUUGCAGGGCAGUUCGACUGAGUCGAGGUCUUGCAGGUCCUGACUGAGAGCAGAUAGCAAGCAGGCUCCCAUUGCAGGGCAGUUCGACUGAGUCGAGGUCUUGCAGGUCCUGACUGAGAGCAGAUAGCAAGCAGGCUCCCAUUGCAGGGCAGUUCGACUGAGUCGAGGUCUUGCAGGUCCUGACUGAGAGCAGAUAGCUCUCGGGUGUAAUUAUAUAUAAUCUGUCUAUCGGAGUCUCUUCAUCAGCUGAGACAAAGGGGCAGUCUCUGAGUUGGGGUAGUUUCCAAAUGUUAAAUGUUUUCUGAAGCCUUUUACCCUAAGGGGUAGAGUUUGGUCAGUUAAGCUAAGGGAGCACGAAGCCACUUUGUGUCUUGGAACUUGAUUUCAGGAGACCACGUUUCAGGCCCCUGCAUGGCACACUUGGGGUUUGAUAGAGCGGAGCUGCCUCUAACUAGGUCUCCCUUCAUAAAGUGUGUUUGUGUACCCUCAGCUCUAGAUGAGGUCUCCCCCUCUGUACUGGCUUAGUAAUGAUAGACGCAGGUUAAGAGAGACAGACAGACAGACAGACAGACAGACAGUCUGCUGGAACAGGCAGGCGAGUUCUGAGCUCCAGCGAGUUACUGUCACCAGCAAACACGUGUAUAUAAUGAUAGGGAGUGUAAUCAGCGUUUCCGUUCCGUUUCCACUUUCACAGCCUGUCUCGUUUAGUAUAUGGAUGUCUAAUGUAGUCCAUGAAGGCAUUUUCAUAGAGGUGCUUUUAGCUUGUGUUGUGGAUGUGUAGGUGAUUUUUGUGAUAUUUUGUUUUGUCUUUUCAUUUAAUUUAAUUUAACAUGACUUUUUUUUAUUACUAAAAAAAAAAAAAAAAAGAACCAUUUAUUUUUUAUUUUUUUAAUGAAAUCUUGAAUUUGUGAAACAUUUCUUGUUUUAAAAUAAACCAAAGUGUGAUUAAAAAUGCUCUGUGUAAAAAAAAAAAAAAAAAAUAAUAAUAAUAAUAAAAACUAAUGCGAUCCAUUCGAUCUCGUAUUUAACAGACGUUACUCUGAAUACACCGGUGAAAACCAGCAGAUUGCCCUUCCGUUUAUUUUUAUAAUGUAGAUUUGUUUUGUAAUGAAUGUAGCCGUCCUUCCUGUCUGAGAUAUAAGUGGUUUCAUUGGAGAUUUCUUUCUCACAAACAGAAUAAAAAGCUUGUUGUGUUCCUCGAGGUGAGCUUGCUUCAGUGGCUUUUUGUGCGUCAGCAGCGAUUUCUUUUUUUCCAGCUAGUUGUUUUGAUUUCCUGCGUGAGAGAGUUGAAAUGCAGACGUUAAGCACGGCGUAGCGGAUUGGAGUGUCUGCUGCAUCAGCUUUGCAGUUACCCAGGCUAUGUGAGCUCACCCCUGGUCUAGCUGACACUGCCUCGAGAAACACUGGCUUGCAGCUCACCAGCAGUUGCCACUUCAUUUAAAAACGUGUCAUUUCGACGGAGGGUCGCUUUGCAAUGGGACGUUAGCCCUGCUGUAUUAAAGAGCCCUCCCUCCUAGGUGAUGCACUGCGGCUGGAUAUCUGUGUGUGCUGUAAAUAGUCUGUGAACGUGUGUAUCUGAAAAGCAAGCGGACAUGUGACAAGAGAAGCCCGGUGAUUGAGGCGUGUUCCAGUGUUUUCUCAAAGGGAAGGGUUGCACUGGUCUUGCUGUCUGCCUCUGCCUUUGUGUGUAGAUAUUAUCUGACACGGGGUCCAAGCUUUGGGUAAAGGUUCUAGAAUUCAAGGAUGUAACGGAAUGCAGAGUAAGAUCCUUUAGAAAAGAUUGGAACACCUUUAUUACCUUGUGGGAGUCCAUGUCUGUGUUGUGCUAAUAUACAGUAUAAAUAUACAUAUAUAUAUAUAUAUAUACAAAUAUAUAUAGUUUCUUGUGCAUGCGUGCCAACUGAACAGCUGUGCAUGUGAGACCUGGGGAUCUUUCUCUUCACUCCUCCUUUUGUUUUAAAUUAUAAUGCUUCGUUACUUCAUUGCUGGUGCAGAGUUCUUAGAAUUGUUUUUAUGACAGUCACGUUCAUUAUGUAUAAACUUCAUUAUGUUUUUAAACUACAAUGCAGUUGGUUCAAGCCUUUCUUGGACUUUUUAAAAUUUCUGUUAACAUUUUCAACAGCAUGUGUUAGAUUAGCUUUCUGUUGUAUGAGGUGUACGUUCUUUGUACUAAAAACAAAAUCUUGAUCUCUGACUACAGUUCAUAUGAUGUGGUUUCAAAUUGUUUUCUGUGUGUGUGUGUUCGUUUUUGUUUUUUGUAAACUUUUAUUACAGUGUAUUCACAGUGGAAAAUGUUGCAGAUUAAAAAAAAAAGGGUUCUAAAGA